UUUUCAAAUUUUACUUAUAAAAAGUUGGAAAGAGAUGAUGAAAUUUAUACACUGAGAGAUAACUGUAUAAAAACGUUACAAGAGGAUCAUCCUGAUAUAGACAAAACUCUGWUAGCACAAGCAUUUUAUAACACAAGUAAAGAUGUUUUAAAAAAGACUAUUUUGGACACAAAACAAAGAUGUGAUGGCCGGUCUGUCCACCAGCUUAGAGAUAUUAAAUGCGAGGUCAACAUUUUUAAUGGAUUGCACGGAUCUGCUUUGUUUGAUAGAGGGGAAACUCAGGUGUUUUCUACAGCCACAUUUGGUCCAGCUAGCUCUGCAGCCAAAAUGGAUGCAAUGUCCAAGGCYCUAGGUGGUGAUGCAGAGAAACAGUUUAUGUUACAUUAUGAGUUCCCUCCAUUUGCAACCAAUGAAUUUAAGCARAACCUCAAACUUGGUCGCAGGGAGGUCGGCCAUGGUAUGUUAUCAGAGAAAGCUCUUCUACCCAUUUUACCAAAAGAAAUGAACUAUGCAAUGAGAAUAACAUCACAAGUUCUUGCUUCAAAUGGGUCAUCAUCUAUGGCAUCAGCAUGUGCUGGAAGUUUAGCAAUGAUGGAUGCAGGUGUUCAAACUCAAAAACAUGUUGCUGGAACAGCAUGUGGACUCAUAACUAGUAAAGAUGCAAAUGAUCCUGAUAAAACUGACAUUGAUGAAUAUCAAAUACUCACAGAUAUUUUGGGCAUUGAAGAUUACUUGGGUGAUAUGGAUUUUAAAAUAGCAGGGACACGUGAUGGAAUUACAGCUCUACAAGCAGACUUUAAAAUCCCUGGUCUUCCACUACAUGUUAUUGAAGAAAUUCUCCAACAGAGCUCUGAGGAUAGAAACAAAGUAUUGGAUAUAAUGGAGAAAGUAAUCAAUGGAGCAAGGGAUAAAGACAAAAACUGCCCAAUAACAGGAGUUUUUGCAGUACCUGCAUCAAAACGUAAACAAUUGAUUGGUCCUGGUGGUUCAGUCAUCAAGGGACUGGAGAAAGACUUUGGAAUCAGUCUAACUCAAUUAGAUAAUGAGGAAUAUGCAAUAUAUGCACCUGAUCAAUAUUCCUAUGAUUUGGCAAUGACCGAAAUUAAACAACUUAUAAAGGAUAAAUUAAGUGGAUUGGAGAUACUAACAUCAAAACUGGAAAAAGGUUCAAUUUAUGAGGGAAAAAUCACAAGAUUAAUGCAAUUUGGUGUAAUUGUUAAAGUGUUUGAUGACUGUCCUGAUCUUCUUCUUCAUUCCAAAGAACUUGAUCACAACCGGGCUCCCCCAGAAGAAAUUGGAUUUUCAGUAGGAGAUACAGUAAAAUUCAAAUACUUGGGAUUAGACAAGAAAAACAGGAUCSUUGCUUCGAGAAAAGUUCUUCUUCCUCCAUCUCCAAUUCGAAGUCGUUCACCUGUAAAUAAACCAUAUAAUGCAAAGAAAGUUAGACCAUCAUAUGGAUGGGAUGAUUGAUUGAUUGACAUUUUGCUUGCAUUCAUUCUUAUCUUUGUUUUCCAUUAAAAUUCUUCAAUCUUGA